AUGGACGCCAUAAUGAGACGUGCCUUUAGUGGCGAAGAAACAGCCAGACGUACAACUGGGGGAUUCUUAUUCGCACCAAUUGAUAUGGAUGAUGUUCCAACAGAUAAGAGACAAAGGAUCCAGAAGAGGAUCGAGAUCAUGACAAAGAUCAUAAGAAACCAAGAUCACAUUAUAAGUAAGCAAUACUCGCAAAUACAAAGAAUGAAGAGAACAAUGAAAAUGAUCGAGUAUGCAAUAGAACAAAGAAAGAAGCCACUUGUUGACGAUCAAACAGAGGAAGAGGAUGAUCAAACGGAGGAAGGAGAUGUUCAGACAGAAAAAGAGGAAGUACUUAUAAUAAACCUCCAAUCCUCAGAGGAGGAUAAAGAAUGA